CAGGCAGCCCACUGCGCAGGCACAUUCAGGAAAUGGAGAAGCCAAGCGAAGAGCUCCUAUGCGCCGCCGCCAUCGUGGGCGACUGCGCGAGACUCCGCGACCUCCUAUUGGCUGGGGCCGACGCCUCCUUCUUCGACUCCGACGGCAUGACUCCUCUAAUGCACGCCGCUGCCGGUGGCCAUGCGGACGCCGUCCGAUGCCUUCUCGACGCUGGUGCUCCAUGGAACGCGCUUUCCCCCUCCAACCUAUCCGCUGGUGAUCUCGCCAUGGAGAACGCCCACCAGGAGGUUUUUGAUAUCCUCCUCAACUUCGCCAUACAAGCUGAACUCGUCCUCGGCACCAUCGCUCGCCGCGGCAGAGGAGAAGGAACAGCCUCGCACGAGGAGUAUAUGAGCGAGAGGGUUGCUUUUGGAGAGGAUAGAAUCAUGGACGCGAAGAGCGAGGCGGUCAUGAUGGCGUGGGAGAAGCCUCUGAUGGAGGCUCACGCGAGAGCGAUCUGCUGCUCCGGCGAUGAUUGUGGGAGGAUACUCAAUGUAGGGUUUGGGAUGGGGCUUGUGGACGAGGCUAUCCAGCGGUACAAGCCUCUGGAGCACACCAUCGUGGAGGCGCAUCCUGAUGUUUAUGAUCGGAUGAUACGGACUGGGUGGGGGGAGAAGGAGAAUGUGAAGAUAGUGUUUGGAAAAUGGCAAGAUGUGCUACCUCAGCUUGGAUCUUUUGAUGGAAUAUUCUUUGACACUUUCGGUGAAUACUAUGAAGACAUGAGAGAAUUUCACAAGCAUCUGUACAGGCUGCUUAAACCAGGUGGAAUCUAUUCAUACUUUAAUGGCUUUUGUGGCAGCAAUGCAUUUUUCCAUGUAGUUUAUUGUCAAUUAGUUGCUUUAGAACUUGGAGACCUCGGUUACAGUACGCAGUUCAUUCCUCUGCCUGUCAAAGAAUGCUUGUCAGAGAACAUAUGGAAAGGUGUGAAGCACAAAUAUUGGCAAUUAGAUACAUACAAUUUACCUGUUUGUCAGGCAUCACAUGAUUCUGAAUGAAUACACAGUCCACUUUGAUCUAGCGGUUGGAUGUUUUGGUUGCAAUCAUAAAAUAUUGAAUUUGAGGUUAGCGUAGACAAAUAUUUAUGAGUUUAUGAUUAGAUUUUGUGCCAAUACUCAGUUUUAACAUUAGAUUUGCCUUUUUUUU